GGGGUUUCGGGUUCCGGCUUCCUGGUUCCGGGUUCCGGCAGGGCACGGGGGGCCGGCAAGCGGGAGCCGCCAGGGCGGCGGCGGAGCAGGGCCAUGGAGAAGCUGCGGCGGGUCCUGAGCGGCCAGGACGACGAGGAGCAGGGCCUCACCGCGCAGGUCCUGGAUGCCUCGUCCCUUAGUUUCAACACCAGGUUGAAGUGGUUUGCGAUCUGCUUCGUGUGCGGCAUUCUCUUCUCUAUCCUUGGAACUGGAUUACUGUGGCUUCCCGGGGGCAUCAAGCUUUUCGCAGUGUUUUACACGCUCGGAAACAUCGCCGCGCUGGCCAGUACGUGCUUUUUAAUGGGACCCAUGAAGCAGCUGAAGAAAAUGUUUGAAACGACAAGAUUGCUUGCAACAAUCAUCAUGCUUUUGUGUUUCAUACUUACAUUGUGCGCUGCUCUUUGGUGGCACAAGAAGGGCCUGGCCUUGUUGUUCUGCAUAUUGCAGUUCUUGUCGAUGACCUGGUACAGCCUGUCGUACAUCCCGUAUGCAAGGGAUGCAGUAAUUAAAUGCUGCUCUUCUCUCUUAAGUUGAAAACGAGAAAUUCUUUGAAAAGAGCAUUGGAAGGACUGACGUUGUGUUUUUGGUGAAGUACGCCUUUCCCGAUGCAGUCAUCACUCCCCCUGCGGCUGCCGCGACCGUCGUGACCGUUUUGUGUGCUGGUGGAAAGGCCACGCUUGAUUAAACUGUUAAACACUCGUAACGUGAAAUUCAUGAUGUGUCGUUAACAUGCUCUCCCCGCAGAUUAGGAGCUUUUAAUCUCUGCCAAUUGUAAAUGAUUUUUUCCCUGGUUUUUUAACCUUUUCUAAGCAGCAUCUAAGAUGUGAAUAUCUAAGACUGUGCCGCAAGCUCUUUUAAAAAUGUCUGUUUUUAAAGUAUCUUUUUUUUUUAAAAACACCUUAAAUGUGAAAGUUUUUACUUUAAGCUAAAAAUUGCUUAUCAUAUGUAAUAAAAUAAUAUAUAAAUCUUGACAAUUUUGAAAUAAAUCCACACUUGGACAAAGAAUAUUUUCUGGAUCAAAUUUAUAACGUUUUAGGUGGGGGGCACACUGAUGGAGUUCCGGCAGGACAGAGUGUUUCUGUAGAAAAAUGAAUGAGAGACAGUCUCUGUCCUAACAAUGCUGUGAACAUUUGCACAAGAUCACAGGACUGUGAUGAUGACGGCAGGGAAGAGGGUGUCAUCCAGACCGAAAAACACACCAGAAAGUUGAGGAGGAGGGUGGGGCGUGGGGGACGGUGCCAGAGCUGUGAGGAGUGUCCACGGGGCAAGUCGGGUAGGUGAGGGUAGGUGCGGCAGCCCCAGGAGGAAGCUGCUUUCACCCCUGCGCUGGAAGAACGGUUGGGGGUGGGUGGGUGAAGCCCAGCCCCCCACUCCUGUUCUGAGGUUGUUCCCCCACCCCCACCCCCACCCCACGUGUGGAUCCGUGGUCAGAUCCACAGGCAGCAGCGCAGGGGUCAGCAGGGGAAGGGCCAGCACAGCCUUUGGCCUUGGUGUGAUGAUCCUUGAUAAGGAUGUGGGCUCAGAGCGGGUGGUGGGAGAGUUAGCUCUUCAGUGGUUAACCCAGAAAAAACAUGUCCCGGGAUUUGCAGGGGGGGCGGGCACAGCGGGGGGGGGGGCAGGAAACAGGGGGCCUGGGGAAGGCUGGCGGUGGGGAGCGAGGCCAGGCCCAGACCCCACGCCCUAGAGGAUACCGGAGGUCAGGGUGGGAACACGGCACCAGGUGGCGGUGACGGGCGACUGCCUGACACCUCCCCCGGCCCCCCAAGAGGUCCUAGUCUGGUGGCGGUUGUGGUUACAGAGAGUCACAGGACACCGUGGGAGGGCGGAGAGGACAGCUCGCUGCGCCGCGGGCAGAGUUGCGUGCAGAGCAGGGAGGGAGGGGAGGAGGGCGUUGUGUGUACCACACGGGAAGCGGGCUGUGCAGGAGGCCGCUGAGGGGCGGGGAUGUGACCUGGAGGCGUGGAGCUCAAAGAAGUGGGUUAUUCUCGGUGUCGGUAGAUGACGGUAGCCACAGAGAGCCCAUCUGCGUCGCCAGAAGGAUCGGCCUUGAGCCGGCGGCCCCCGUUGGGGUGGCGGUACGGUGACGUGGCCCCGUUGCCGUAUCCGUGCACAGGGUCCCAGGACGGAACACAGAACUUCGGGCGGACGUUCCUGCUGUGGAGGUGCGGGCUCAGCCUCGGGAGGGAGCAGAAGCCCGGACCCGCCGCCCCGCGGAUGACAGCCGGGCCCUGCAAGGGGAGGGGGGACACCUGCGGGGUGCCACAGCCCGUAGGGACGCGCCGGGGCAGAGCCGGCCCGAGACGCCAGUGUGCACACUGAGGGAAGGCCGCUCUUAACACACUUCUCUGCGCGACCUUGCACGUCACCGGGCCCGGAGCACCUGACGGCUCCCGGAGCACGAGUCCGUGUGAGCUCGCCCGCGCUGCUGCAGCGUGGGGCUGUGUGUGCUGCUCACGUCACGGCCGCAGUGACAGGGCUGGGGGGUUGGGUAACCUGCGUGGGACGGUGACCACCGGGAUCCUUCGGGGACCUUGGCAAAGGGCUGUCCCCAGAGGGCAAGGCAAAGCAAACGGUCCCGUGAGUCUCCAGCUAUUCCGUCACCUCCCGGUGUGUGAACCAGCCUUCGGGGUGUCCACGGUCCUCUGAAAUGCCACUGCGCCUCUCUGCAAGGCCGAGUGCGGCAAGGAAAAGGCUGUUGCAAGAAAGAGCCACGUGUGAAGUCUCGCUUUCAAAGCAGAUCACCUCCUAGCCACCAUUGUGGCUCGCCAUCCCGAGCGGCGGGUUCCUGGUGCAACACGGCAGGCAGUGCGGCGAUUCUCAAAGUGGGGUCCCGGACACCCUGCCGGGGCCCGCUUUGGCGCUAAUCCCAAAACCCUGUGCGUCCACUCGUGCUACCAUGAACGCACGGCGGAGUCACGGGGCUGCGGACGCGUGAUCACACGAGAACCCGGCAGCACGGAGCCCACCCCUCAUCUCUGAUUUGUUGGUUUUAGCAAAUACCGUUAUUGUUCAUUAAAAACAUGUUAACGCGA